AUUGAACGAGGAAGGUUCGAAAUUCGAGAACCUAUAUUUCUUGUUUAUAGAACAGUUUUUGUCUAAAAUUUAGACGCCAUCUGCUGAUAUUGAUUGAUCUCUCACUUGCAGUCAUGCCUGGUAUGAAGAUAACACAUGAAGUUCGUAAGAAUAUUGAUCCAAAGUUCAUUUGCUCUUCGUGUAAACUGCUGCUGAUCAAACCCAUGCAGACUACUUGUGGUCACUUAAUUUGUUCAUCCUGUGUUGACACACUGCUAGAGUGUCCUAACCCAGUAUGCCCUGAAGAUGGAACAAAACUGAAAAUGAAGGAGUUAUUUCUUGAUCGAUUCACUGAACGCGAGUUGCGAGGUCUGGUCUUGCGUUGUCCCAAUGAAGGAUGUCAUUGGCAUGGUGCAUAUGAUCAGCUUCUGGAACAUCUCCCGAUCUUUGACCAAGCUCAGAAAGCGUGUGUCCAUCAUCAAUGUGGGGUAUCAUGUGGAUGUCGUGAUGUAAAGUCUGAUAUCGCAUCUCCCUACUCUCAGGUAGAGUAUUAGCAUCUAUUUAAAAUUUCAGUAGGAUUACCUAGGAACCGGUGCAUCAUCUGUUGAUUUAGAUUUCUAAACUAAAUGAAGAGCACUUUGUAGGUGGGUAAUAUUAAUAUAGUGUUAUAGUGUGAUAUACUGCGCACGGUACGAAGCGGUUCGAUUUCUUUCGCUCUGGCUAUAACCAUUUUCUAAAAACAUUGCGUAUCAUGAUAUUAAAGAUAUAUAUAGCAUCCAGAAUCAGUUGGAUCCUGGAGUUGAAGGAGUAAGAAGCCAAAAAGGUAAAUUAGCUAAGUAUUUUCUAUUUCCGCUGCGAUGAAGCUGACGUAGAUCUGGUUUUAAAGUGCCUACACCAGGGUUGCAGAUUUUGAAUAUAUUACCGGACAUGACGUUAAAUCCGGAAUUUCGUGCAACUUAAACGAAAGAACACUGAUUUGGAAUUGCCGAUGUCUAUUACAAGAGCUCAUUUCACCCCACCACAUGCAAGAAUGCAGUCAUCUACAGUCAGGCUCUACGAUACAGACGCAUUAUUACAGACAACCACAAAUUACAACAACGACUAAACCACCUCCUGAUUGCACUGAUCCAUCGCGGAUAUGACCAUGACACUAUCACCACUAACUUCAACAAAGCCCUACAAUACACUCAAACAGACCUACUCAAUAGGAAACAAAACCAGAAAAACACAAGCCGCCCAAUUUUCUCCAUUCCAAACAACACAAACAUCCUACGUAAACACUGGAACAUAUUGGAGAAUGACCCCACACUGAGGAGUCUAUGGCAAGAACCUCCAAUUGUAGCCUACCAACGCAAUACUAACCUUUGAGACACGCUUAUCACAGCAAAAUUUAACCUGAACCCUUAACACAGAGAUACAAAAUUUCAACCACUCCCAAUUGACAUUGUGUCUGAAUAUCACCUUGAAAACACCAGAGUGGAUAUAACAAACCAAAGAACUUACUGGGACACACUGGAUAACAAGUGAGAACAUGCAAGAACCAACACAUGACAAGCAAACCUUGUGGCAGUCUCCUGUGAAAACAACUAAAACUACAUGACCUUAACCAGUCACCUGAAAUCUGGCAUCCUGGGCAUCCUGCUGACAUAAGUAUAAAAUUUUUUUCAAAUACUUAUCCUUAGCAGAAUUUUGCCGUAAAUGUGACCAGAUUUACAAAACCUCGGACAAAACCUCAAUGUUCAACCACACGGAUACACUUCAAAUCAACCCAAUGCAAUCCCUUACCUCUUUUCGAUCAAGCUCCUUGAACGAACACAAGCUCUGCUCUUAAGCAUAUUUAAGCCGAUUUCUGGUUUAAUUUCCUCUCGUUUAACAGAACAACUUUAAGAUGGCUUAUCGCGUUGGUUUAUCCAAGUUCAACAACAACACUGUCAGUUUAAUUUUACAAUUUUACCUUUUACGAACACUUCCACGCAGGUUUGAUUUUUUAUGAUUCAGUGAUUCUGCCAUGAACACACACUAUUUUCACUCCUUUUUUAUCUUCAUAUUUCUUUUACUUACAGAAAGCCAACCCUGCUCCCCGCUGGCGAGUCCGCAAAAGGAUGAAACGCCGCGUACGGGGAUACUGAUUCGCACGCUUGCCUAUCUUCCUUGUCUUCUGUUGUCUUUUUUUACCUACCUCCUUGCAUAACUUUAAUUUCGAACACCAGCAACAAUACACAACCUAUUACUACACACGUAACUACAUAGUUUCUUGAAGAAUUCCAUCAUACACAAAUGAAACCUUUUAAAAAAAAAAUCUUUCAAAAACACCACAUGGUUGGCGGUUGCCCAACAAAUUCCCAACUACCCCAUCCAGUUAUUUUUAUUUUUACGGGUAACUAAGGGUAAUUCGCAAUUAACUUUUCAAUAAAUUACUCAUGACGUUCCCCUUUUGCCCACAUAAACACAAGUCCUAACCUUUUCUCUAGUUGGUUUAAUUCAGACAGUUGUUACAAAUCAACCUGUAACUAUAUAAGAACUACAAUAUGGUUCCAAUUACCUAUAUCAAAAUAUUAAAUAAACAUGGUAUAGGCACUUUAACAGCUAAGCGCAUUUAGAUUUCGAUUGCGUGGACUGUCCGCAUUUUUCAUGGUCGUUAUCAUCAUUAUAAUUGUACCAUCGCUUGGUGGAGUUGUACAAAUAAACAAAUAAGUUACUUAUAGUGCGGACUACAAUCUAAAGUCAAAGAUGUUUUUAAUCAUCCACGGAAUCUAAAUGCGCAUUAUCGUCCCGUUUUCUUAAAGUUCACUGAUUGACAUACAUGCAGCGACAGUUUCUUUCUAGUGUAUCCAUCUGCGCUGCUUACGGAAGAGCUUUCCAAAAUUUCAUUUUAUUUGAUACAAGUUAGUGAAUUUCAGCAGAAUCCUGUAAAACGAGUGAAAGUGGCAAAUGUGCAGUAUUCGACAUUUUUGAUAAAGGUUAUUUUCUGACAGAUUUUUGGAGGAAAAUUUCUCUUUUCCUUUCUUUUUUAUUUUACCGAAAUUGUAUGCGGUGAUGGAUGAAUUUGGAUGAAGUUGUUACUCCUGUGAAACAUUGCUGUGAUCGACGGAGAUCUCGCUAAUGAUAUCACAAAGGGAGAAAUUAAACGUAUUUGCAUGAUGUUUGAUUCCUCAAAGCUUGCGAAUUGGAGAUGGUACGUUUUAUCAACGUACUUAACCAGAAAUGAAUGGUAACCAGUUUGACGAAUGGAUUUGUUCUCGGUCCGCACUAUUUCCUUACUUUCAUGACUAAUUUCCCUGAUGGAUUCUUUCUUUGUCUACACCUUCCUACUACUCUACUACAAAAUCCCCUCGCCUGAAGCAAUAAACAUGUAUUUCCAACAUGGUGAAAUUUUAUAAUAUUCGUUUCUUCUGUGUAAUCGAAGUCGUAUAUAAGUAAAAUCCUAUAUAUAUCAAGUACAAUUAUAAAGUCGACUCUCGACCUAUCAAAUUCAGCUAUAAUUUAAGAGGUAUCAUACAUUUGUUGGCAUCGUAUAUUCGUAUUCCUGGGAUGGCUAUGAUUUAACCUACAAAAUACUUGCAAGCUUUAUAUACCUAAGUACUUGUAACAUUCACCUGCUCAAAAACACUCCAAAAAUGCUUCAAAAUGUUUUACAUUCUUUUUAAUCAAUUUUACGAUUCAAUUUUUCGUAUAUUUUCAAGACACCGUCCAAAUGAAAAGUAUUAUUUAAAAAAAA